UUUUAACAUAACCAUAAUCAUAAUGGUUGAAAGUAUAAAUUAAGAAGUAGAAUAGGUUAGCCCACUGAAGAGAGGGCUAAAUUUGUGUACAAAAUAUAUACAUGGAAUAAUAUUUAUAUAAUAAGAAACUAACAUAAUAGGCAAUUGUUUGUAGCAGAGAAAAACAAGAAGUAUUAUAGUUCAACAAAAAAAGCGCAAAAAUUUUGUAAAUAAGAUCCAAAUGGCUAACUAUUUGAAUGAAAAUGUGUAUACUCAUACCUUUACGCCCAAGGAGUAUCAAGUAGAACUGCUGGACUCGGCGAUAAAUGAAAAUACCAUUGUAUGUUCUAGUACAAGUUCCUCAAAAGCCUUUAUCGUUGUGAAAUUAUUGCAGGAAUUAUCCUGGCAAAUGAGAAACAAUUAUGGCUUGAAAGCUAUAUUCAUCUUAGAUUUACAAAAUGUACCUAUAAUGACUUCACAUGUAAAAUAUUUGACUGAUUUAAAGUGUAUAAGUAUUACCCAACACAUAGCUGAAAUCGAACAUAUCAAGGAGAAUGUGGAAAACCAUCAAGUUAUAAUAACUACUGCAGAAAUAUGUCUAGAAAUGGUGCGUUUCCCUGUGAUAAAUGAUUUCAGUGGCUUUAAUUUACUUGUGAUUGAUGACUGUCUUUAUGGCCCUCGCCAAACACUUAUAAGACAAAUAAUGAAUGUAUGCUAUAACAUGUUUGUAAAUGAAAGACCACGUGUUCUAGGAUUAACUUCAGGAUUGCUUAGCUCUGAAUUACAACCAGAUAGACUAGAGGCGGAACUUAAGGGUUUAGAAAAACUACUCAAUUCACAGGUCGAUACUAACUCCGAAAUAGUUACUUUAAUUCGGUUAUCUUGUCGACCCCGUGAAACCCUUAUCGAAUGCUCUAGAUUAAUACAGUGCAGCUUAAAUGAUAAAAUCAAAGUGAUAGUUGAAAAUGCCAUAGAUUUUUUAUUAGAUCAUCGUUAUGACCUUAGUGAAAUUUAUGCCGAUGAGUUUGAGGAAGAAUACAAAGCAGUUCCUGACCCAAAAAAUGUACCUUUGGAGUUACUGAGAACUUUUUUGGAAAUACUUGAUGAUCUCGGCCCAUGGGGUGCUGAUAAAGCUGCUUUAUAUAUAUUAUCCAAAAUAGAGAAAUUGAAAGUUAAAGUUCCUUAUGAGAGGCAUUAUCUUCUUUUAUGUAUGACUUCAACAACAUUAAUAACUGUUAGAGCUAUCUGUGAUUUUGAAUUUGGAGAUGUUGAUGAUUCAGAUGUUAUGAUGAAAUAUUCUUCACCAAAAGUAUUGAAGUUUUUGGAGGUUUUGAAGCAGUUUAAACCUCCAGGAGAAAAACCACUUCCAAACGAAAAGGACAAACCAGAGCUUGAAGUUACCUCUCCCAUAAAAAUGAGAGGGAAAGGAAAAUGCCCAAGACGACCCCUCAUUUCCAGAGCUCAGACAGAUGAUACUCUCUGUGCUCUAGUUUUUGUGCAUAAUAGAUAUAAAGCUAAGGCUCUUUUUACUUUAUUGUGUUUGCUCUCUAAGACAGACGAGUUCUGGUGGGUAUCUACUUUGUUCUCUGUUGAAAAAGUUGCUGAUCCAUUGCGAGAGCCCCGAGAAGCAGAGCAUGAACACAAAAUUCAAGAAGAAGUUUUACGCAAAUUCAGAUGUCACGAAUGUAACGUCUUAAUCGCCACAUCGGUAUUGGAACAAGGCUGUGAUUUACCAAAAUGCAAUUUAGUUAUAAGAUUUGACUUACCCACGACAUUCCAUAGUUAUAUACAAAGUAAGGCGCGAGCUCGAGCAACAGACGCUCACUAUAUUUUAUUUGCAAAUGAAAUUGAGGUCACAACAAUUGUUGACAACUUAUCACAAUAUUACGAAGUCGAAAGAAUCUUACUGCAGCGCUGUUCCAGUCUGGAACCCAGCAAAGAAGAGGAGGCCAUUGCUGAUGCUUACUCGAAAUUCUGUGAUCCGUACAAGACGCUUCAGACGGAAGAUGCUGCAAGUGUAACUCUACAAAAUGCCAUCCCACUGUUGAAUAAAUAUGUUGCCAAACUACCCAGCGAUACUUUCACUAGGUUAACUCCCAUUUGGCAAGAAAAAAUUGAUUCUUCAGGGAAAUAUGUCUGUAGUAUACGACUGCCAAUCAAUUCUCCUAUAAAGCAGACUAUUCACAGUCCAGCAAUGCCUAAUGGCUUACUUGCAAGACGUGCAGCUGCUUUCAUGGUAUGUCAGUUUUUGCAUAAGACGGGAGAGUUGGAUGAUCACCUACAGCCAAUUAACAAAGAAAAUUUCAGAGCUACGGAAGAGGAUUGGGACAAUUUUGCUUUGGAUGAGCCAGAUGAUGAAAAUUCCGACGUCAGACCUGGUACUACAAAAAGAAGGCAGUAUUAUUACAAACGCGUAGCAGGCGCACUUUUGGACUGUCACCCUAUAUCUGGGGAACCAUGUUACUUUUAUGAAAUUAUAAUGACUCUUACAUGUCCCUUGCCUGAAGAACAGAAUACCAGAGGGCGAAAAAUUUAUCCUCCAGAAGAGUCUGCUCAAGGAUUCGGAAUAAUCACUUCAAAAGAAAUAUCUCAAAUCAGUGCAUUUCCUAUUUUCACUCGAUCUGGGGAGGUGAGUGUGGAUUUACAGCUUAUCUCCAAGAAUAUCGUAUUGAGUAGUGAGCAAAUAGUUAAAACAAGGGAAUUUGUGAAUUAUACCUUUACCAGUGUUCUGCGACUCCAAAAGUACCUGAUGCUCUUCAAUCCAGAGGCUUCUUCCAAUAACUAUUUGAUUGUACCAACGAUUAAAAAUUGCAAUGACAUUUUUGUUCACUGGGAGUUUGUUGAUUUGAUAUAUGAUAACGUCAAUACCACACCUUGUAUCAUUUCGGAUGAAGAUAGAAAAAAUUACGUUUUCAAUGCAGAAGAUUAUCGAGAUGCAGUUGUGAUGCCUUGGUAUCGAAAUCAGGACCAACCUCAGUAUUUCUACGUAGCCGAAAUAUGCACAAAUCUCAAUCCCACUUCUGAAUUCCCUGGCUCUGAGUACGCAACUUUCGAAGAGUAUUAUAAACGGAAGUACGAUAUUCAAAUCCAGAAUCUGUCGCAAAACUUAUUAGAUGUCGACCAUACCUCUGCCAGAUUGAAUUUUCUCACACCGAGAUAUGUAAACCGUAAAGGGGUUGCUUUGCCUACUAGUAGUGAAGAAACAAAACGAGCUAAACGAGAAAAUCUAGAACAGAAGCAGAUUCUAGUGCCUGAACUAUGCGAUAUUCAUCCUUUUCCCGCUUCUUUAUGGAGGAAAGCUGUGGCUCUGCCAUGUGUCCUCUACAGAAUCAAUGCUCUAUUACUUGCCGAUCAGAUAAGAAGGACAGUUGCCGAAGAUUUAAAUUUGGGCAAAGUGCAAUUACCGGAAGAUUUCAAAUGGCCCCCAUUGAAUUUUGGUUGGAGUUUAUCUGACGUUUUGAAUAAGUCUCGAGAAGAGGAAGCUAAAAAGCAGCUGGAAAAGCUGAAAAUCACAGAUGCUGAAGAGGAAGAAAAAGCCACAAAACCUGCUACACCUGAAGUAAAAUCAGCAGAAAAUAGUGGAGAUAAAUCAGAUAACGAUUCUGAAUUAGAAGAAAUUCAUACCGAUAAACCCAAAGGUGAGAACUGGGUGGAAAUUGGAACAUGGAGUAAUGAAAUGGCGUCAAACGUAGACGGUGAAAACUCCAGUGCUUUGAUUCGAUAUGCAUCUCCCACAAGUUGGAACAAUCUUGAAUAUCAGUACGAGUUUUCUGAUACAGACUCCGAAAUGUCAGCUGAAGAGAAUGGGUCAGAAUUUGGUGGCCUACGAAUUGAGUUCAUCAGUGAUCACCAAGCUGAGGCUGUUGACGACGAUGACGAUGAUGAAGAAGACAAAGAGUUCCAUCUAUUUGACGUCUCCAAUGUUUGGGAUAUGGAACAUAGCAGUGAAGUAACUGAUGUUUUGAAAAAACGGUUUACUGAAAAUUGUGCUGUAAAUAAAGAAUUAAUUGUAAAUUGUGGUGUACUGGUCAAGGAAGGGGAAAUAUUUCAGAAAAAUUGUAGUAGAAAUGAGGUCUUCAAAAUAGACUCUAAUAUUGAGUUGGAACAGAUUGAUUUCUCGACAUUGUCGGUGGAUGUAAAGGAGAUUUCCCCGGAGGCUAUAGAAAAUGAAUGCAAAUUUUACAAAAAUGAAUAUGACUUUCCUGAAGAACUGUCCUUUAGUUUCGAUAAACAACCCAGUCUAGAGGAUCAUCCAGGCCCAAGCCCAAAUGUGCUCCUUCAGGCCUUGACAAUGUCCAAUGCUAAUGAUGGUAUAAACCUGGAGCGUUUGGAAACUAUUGGAGAUUCUUUUCUCAAGUACGCCAUUACCAAUUACCUGUACUCGAAAUACGAGAAUGUUCACGAAGGAAAGCUCAGUCACCUUCGUUCAAAACAAGUAAGUAAUUUGAACUUGUAUCGUCUUGGAAAGCGUAAAUCUUUUGGUGAAUUCAUGAUUGCCACCAAGUUCGAUCCUCACGACAACUGGUUGCCUCCGUGUUUCUAUGUUCCGAAACAAUUAGAAGAGACUCUGAUUGACGUCCAGUUCCCUGCAAAUUGCUGGACUGUUGCUGAUAUGGCAGCUACUCGAAACAUGAGUUUAGAUGAAAUUUGCAAUAUGGUGCGUGAGCGAGCAGGAGGGGCUGCAUUGCCGCAUAUAAUUCCUUACAAUCUAGUCACUCAACAUAGCAUUCCAGAUAAGAGCAUAGCUGAUUGCGUGGAAGCUGUCAUUGGGGCAUAUUUGAUAGAGUGCGGACCCCGUGGAGCUCUACUCUUCAUGGCCUGGCUGGGGAUAAGAGUUCUACCCAGGAACAAACAUGGUGGUUACGGAGACUUGGAACAGCCCCGGUCACCUUUGCUGAGGCAUAUUCCCAAUGCAGAUGCAGAGUUGGAGAGGUUAUUGGAUGGUUACGAAAAAUUUGAACGUCAUAUUGGCUACCAGUUCAAAGAUCGUUCCUAUUUGCUGCAAUCCUUGACCCACGCUUCCUAUUUUCCAAAUCAACUCACUGACUGUUACCAAAGGCUGGAAUUUUUGGGAGACGCCGUUCUGGAUUACCUAAUCACCAGGCAUCUAUACGAAGAUCCAAGAAUGCAUUCCCCAGGUGCUCUGACCGACUUGAGAUCCGCGUUGGUCAAUAACACAAUAUUCGCUUCAUUGGCCGUACGAAACAAUUUCCAUAAAUACUUCCGACACUUGUCUCCUGGGUUGAAUGAAGUGGUGGAGAGAUUCAUAAGACUGCAAGAGGAGGGAGGUCACCCGCUCGUUGAAGAGUUAUACUUAGUUGUGGAAGCAGAGUGCGAGGAAGUGGAAGAUGUGGAAGUUCCCAAAGCUUUAGGUGAUAUUUUUGAAUCUGUAGCGGGCGCAAUAUUCCUGGACUCGGGGAUGUCUUUGGAUGCUGUGUGGAAAGUUUACCACAGGAUGAUGAAGGCUGAGAUAGAACAGUUCAGCAGUAGAGUUCCGAAAUCGCCUAUCAGAGAGUUACUGGAACUUGAACCCGAAACUGCCAAGUUUGGGAAACCUGAGAAGCUCGCAGAUGGUAGGAGAGUACGCGUCACCGUCGAAGUAUUUGGUAAAGGUUUGUUCAAAGGUAUUGGACGCAACUAUCGCAUCGCUAAGUGUACUGCAGCGAAAUGUGCACUUAAGCAUCUAAAACGUCGAGGACUAAUACAAAGAUUUGAUGACUGAUGUAAUAUAUUCUAAAGUGGCUAAAACCAAAGUUAUGUAGCUUUAAACAUUUUUUCGUACUGUUAUUUAAGUUGAUGUUUUAACUCACAAGUACUUUUAAGUUGAAAACGCAAUCUACAAAACAAAAAUUGUUUGUAACGUUUUAAAAAAUUUGUCAUUUUUAUAGAAAGCUAUUCUGGGUUUUUUAUGUGAAACCUGGUUUUCCAUACAUUUUUUAACCUA